AGUGAUCUCAUCAUCCGGACAUGCAUCCCAGUGCUGUGCGGCUCUUGAAAAAGUCCUUCGACAACUUCUGCAGAAAAGUUGGAAAUGACGUCAUGCCAUACUCUGAGUUCGAUUUUUGGUAUUAUCGUUUUUAUAACGGAAACCAUGAUUUGCACUACGACAGAAGCUCCGAUCUAGUCCCACGCUCUCUGUCGAACAUGCCGCUUCAUAUGAUCAACGAAAUUCUGAACCACGUUAACAUCUUCGAUUUGUUGUCUCUGAUGAAAACGUCGCGAAGCUUUCAAGAAAUUGUUCAAGACAAAAAGUUAUAUAUUGAUUCCGUUGAAGUAGGCUUUUAUGAAGGACAGUAUUCAAGAAUGCGUUACAACGACCGCUAUGAAAUCUCGUAUCAGCAAGAGAAGGACGGUUGUGCGCUUUCAUAUUAUGAUUACACGACAAGCUCCUAUGAAGUUUCCGAAAUAUUUGUGGUUGGCGAGAACUACGUCGAUCGUUGCAAUGAAGAUUUCAAAUUGAUGAUGGAAAAUCAAUCGGUUCAAUUGGACAGUUUCCAACUUGAUUUUGAUGAUAAUUGUGAACAAGGAUUCCGUGAUAAAUGCAUCGACGGAGUCAAGAAAGCACUCAAAUCUUCUAGAAGGGUGACGUCGAAAAGUGUGGAAACAGACAGUGUUCCAUUCCCAGAUAUUGCACGACUGGUGGCCAGCUUCCCCGCUGAGAAGCUGGAAAACAUAGGAUUUGACGGAUUUGAAAGCGAAGGAUAUGAGCAGCUCAUUCGCUUAGAUCAAUGGAAGAGAGCAAGAACACUUCGUGCUCAUUCGAAGAUGACUGUUCCUUUUGAGCACUUUUUCAUGUCGAGUGUUUCGAAGUUUAUUUCGCGAAAUUCACAAAAGACGAUGCAAGAACACUUCGUGAUGUGA